CUCCACUCCUCUCUCUCUCUCUCUCUCUCUCUCUCUCGCUCGCUCGUCGAGAGUUGUAGACCUCAGAAGCCUCCAUUAAUGGCGACGGUGGCCUUCGCCCCCCUCGUCGGAGCCUUCAAGGGCCUCUCCCUCUCCUCCUCCUCCUCCUCCUCCUCCUCCUACCUCCGAGGCGACCUCGGGGCGCUCCCCCUCUACGGCCGCAGCGGCGCCGGCGCCGUCUUCUUCCCGGUUCGGUUCCCGCCAUUGACGAUCGAGUCGGCGCACAAGAAGGGCGCGGGGAGCACGAAGAACGGUCGGGAUUCGCGCGGGAAGCGCCUCGGCGUCAAGAUCUACGGCGACCAGCUCGCCCAGCCCGGCGCCAUCAUCGUGCGCCAGAGGGGCACCAAGUUUCAUCCUGGGAAAAAUGUAGGACUUGGAAAGGACCACACCAUCUUUUCUUUGAUAGAUGGCCUGGUCAAAUUCGAGAAAUUCGGUCCAGACAAGAAAAAGGUUAGUGUUUACCCGCGAAUUGAACAGCCAGAGAACCCUAAUAGUUACAAAGCAAGGAAAAGGGAGUAUUUCCGCCUCCAACGUGAAAAAAGGAAGGCCAGAAUGGAAGGUGUAGUUCCGCCUCAAUUAGUAUUGGCCUCAGCUGAAGAAGCUUCUGAGGUCAAUCCUUCUUGCUGAUAAUUUUAAUUUCAAUUUCCUCUCUGUCUUUGUUGGGAAAUACUCUCUGAUGUUUUCCUUUUUCCAAUCUUUCAUGUGUAAAUCAUCAAUUUCACAAAUGACUAAAAAGCCUCAUUUCAUAUAUUCUUUCUAAUGUAUCUUGGUGCCUUCCUAGCCCCUUCUGGGUAAUGAUAAUAUAUCAGAAUGGAGUGUUCACUUCAAACUCA